AUGCCCCUUCAGCACAAGUCCAACUUGUCUCUAGCCAUCCAGAAGGCCGACGCAAAUCAGGAGAGCCAGCAGGCCACGCAUCAUAACUUCCAGCACGAAAAACAGAGAAAAUCUAGUACCGCCAGUGAUGUGUCGGGGUCUCUCAACUUUCUUCCUCUAGUUGGACUGGCCACCAGCGCUACGCUGUUGCCUUUGGUGAAAAGCUUCCGUCCUGAGCUCGCGCCUAUCACAACCACGUUUGAAGACCGCUCCGAGGACCAUUUGGCCAGUCUCAAGGACAGAAUGGAGCCGCUAGAUGCCGACAUCGAAACAGACACAGCUUCGGUGGGUGGCGACAAGUACGAUAGGUACGACUUAGCGAAACAUGCCGAGAAACCCGCUGACAAGGUUGGGGAUCAUCUGUAUGACCGUCUGAACGAUUCUGAAUCCGACUCUGAUGACGAUUUUGUAGAUGUAAACCCAGAGAACGAGGAGGAUCUCAAGGAUUACGUUCCUGGCGGCUACCACACGUGCUACAUUGGAGAGACGUACAAAAAUAACAAGUAUACGUUAGUGAGAAAGCUUGGGUGGGGUCACUUCUCGACUGUUUGGUUGGCAAGAGACAACGACAAACAGUGCCAUGUGGCUAUGAAGAUCGUAAGAAGUGCAAAACACUACACUGACACUGCUGUCGAUGAGAUCAAGUUGUUGGACAAGGUCACUACCUCCGAUGUGCACCAUCCCGGUCACGAGCAUGUGAUUCAGUUGCUAGACACCUUUACUCAUAAGGGCCCUAACGGGCUCCAUGUGUGUAUGGUUUUCGAGGUUUUGGGCGAGAAUUUAUUGGGGCUCAUCCGUAGAUACAAGCACCGUGGAAUCCCAGUGGUGUUCGUCAAGCAAAUCGCGAAGCAGCUCUUGUCUGCCCUUGACUUCUUGCACAGAAUGUGCGGCGUGAUCCAUACCGACUUGAAGCCAGAAAACGUGUUGAUCGAGAUUGGCGAUGUGGAGCAGAUUGUGCGUUUGGUGGAGGAGGAGGAACACCAGGCAAAACGCCAGCGUAAGUUGGGUCGUACAAAGUCUAAAUCGGACCGUAGCUCCCGUACAGACUUGAACUCACCUAAUGCAGCUGUUGCGUCCACCUCGGACAUGCCAUCUGAUCUGAAUCAGAGCACCCCGCAGACCCAUCUGGCUGCCGUGAUGCAAAAGGUGCGUUCGUCUGGCAAUGUCACUAGUUCUCCAUCCAUUGGAAGAAAUGGCCGUCGCUCCAGAAGGCAAACCUUAAUCACGGGAUCCCAGCCAUUGCCUUCGCCACUCCGCUCGUUCAACAAGUCCUUCACAAGCGUCUCGGGUCUCUCUCAGACAACAAACAACACUCCUGUGCGGACCAUGAUUGGCCUGGGGUCAUUUGUCAACAACUCCAUUCGUCCGGUUAAUAGCCAGUCGUCCAUGGGAGAGGGCAACAUGAAGACCGUGCACAGCGAGUCUUCGUUCAUGAAUAACUCCGACCAGGAGGAGAACGACAACAUGGAGAAGAGCUUGAACAACUCACUUUCGUCCAUGUCCAUCUCACAAACAUACAAUUCAUCUGCAUCUUACAUGCAUCAAUCCGGGGAUGCGUUCAACGACACAUCUAUGAUCAUCAACGAGGAUGAGUUGAUCUCCGUUAAGAUUGCCGAUUUGGGAAAUGCAUGUUGGGUCCACCAUCAUUUCACCGAUGAAAUCCAAACCAGACAAUAUAGAUCACCCGAGGUUCUUCUUGGAUACCACUGGGGUGCAUCUGCUGACUUGUGGUCAUUCGCAUGCUUAAUCUUCGAACUCUUGACAGGGGACUACCUCUUUGAUCCCCGGAAUGGAAAGUCCUAUACUAAGGAUGACGACCACAUUGCUCAGAUCAUCGAAUUGAUCGGGCCUUUUCCCAGGUCGAUGUUGAAAGAGAGCUAUUACGCUCGUGAGUUUUUCAACAGCAAGGACGAGCUUCUGAGAAUUGCUAAGCUCAAGCCAUGGGCAUUGAAGGACGUUUUAAUCGAGAAGUACAAGUUUAGCGUCAGCGACGCCAUCGAAAUUGCUGACUUCUUGAUGCCUAUGCUUGCAUUACAGCCUGAGUUGCGGGCAGAUGCAGGUGGAAUGAUCAAUCACCCAUGGUUGAGCGAUGCCCUCGGUUUAGAGAAUGUUGUUCUCGAAAGACCGGUAGGUGGAUCUGGCGAAGACAUUCAUGGGUGGUCCCGUGAGGCCGGAUCGCAACCGCUGUCCAACAAAUACUUCCAUCAUCACUAG